AUGAAAUUGUCGUUACUUUUGUCCUUCAUUCUCUGUAUUUAUUUCACACUUUCUCAACAACGGGUGUGCUUGGUACAGGCUCAAGUGAACUGUGAUCUUUCUCAACUCUACGAUGCUGAAUUAUUAUUGCUCUAUGAUGAUACCAUUCCUUUUGAACUAGUUCCAAGACGUGUCGAAUUACCACUCAAUACCACUCGUUUUCCAUUAGCCAAACAACAAGAAGCUUUACAAUUCUUCAAAACUCGUUUCAAUAUUGAUUUUACCAAUUCAUCGAAUGUACCAACUAACUUUCGGUUGGAAUCAGGUUCAUUCGAAGGAUAUCAUGUUUAUGGAGCUACCACAACCAAGAGUCGAUUCUUUGGUUCACCUCUCAUUAGAGUCUAUGCUGAUUUCAUGACAUUGGUUGCUUUGGAUUCAAGUGCAAUCGAUCCAUUCACCAAUGCUCCCAUCAACAAGGAUUCCCUCGCACAAUAUGGAUACUAUACAAUGUUGUAUGUAAAUAAUGGAACUGCAUUCACUGCUCCAAUCAAGGCAACUUCUCAACGUUUCUUAGAUGCUUGGCGUGAUAAUAUGGGAAAUUUGGAUUGGGCCAGAACCAUUGAUUUCAAUUUGGAGAGUCCUGAGUGGGGAGUUGGUGAAAGUGUUGGAACCUUCUUGGCACCCAUGCAAGAUCCAUUCUUUGGAAGAUCUCAAGUAGCAAUGCGUGAAACCAUGAGAUUCCCACCCACUCGAUAUCUCAAUCGAGGACAAAGUACUCAAAUUACUUCAUGUCAAUCUUGGUUGAAUUAA